AUGGAUUACUCUAAAAAACAAUAUUGCAAAAUCAAAAAUGAGUUAAGAGAAUAAAUUAUCCAUAAGAUUCUAAAUGAAAAAAAAUCCAUAUUAGAUGUAAUGUAAUAUUAAUGAUUUAGGUGGCUUAAGAGUAUAAUAUCCUAUAAAGUACUUGUAAAUCAAUUAUCAACACUUUUUUAAAAGAAGGAAGAGUUGGGAAAAAGUAAAGUAGAAUCAGAAAAUUGAGAAAAGUUAUAAAGACAUACGAAAUUGUAUUAAAUCCAAUAUAUCCUUCAUUGUCAACAAUUCUUGAAUCAUAAAAAAUAGAAAAUUGUGUGGAAAAUUCAAAUAUAGGAUAAAAAGAGAAAAAUAAUUAACACUAGAAAUUUACUGAAGAAUAGGAGGUCAACAAUUUCUGUAUGAUUUAAUAAUGGUGUGAUGAGAUACAAAAAUAAUUAUUUUAAGUAACCCAAUCAAAUUAAUUCUUUUAAAGUCACAUGAAUUUAUCACAGAAAUGA